GCAUGGACAAUGCUUCUUUUAGCAAUCCACACAGAUUGGCAAGACAAAGCAAGAACAGAGGUGAUGGAGGUAUUUGGUAAUCAAAACCCAGAUUAUGAAGGGAUCACCAAACUAAAAACCAUUACCAUGAUUAUCAAUGAAACUCUACGAUUGUAUCCUCCGGUAAACAGCACGCCGAGAAAAGUGGAAAGACAAGUCCGAGUAGGAAAACUAAUGGUGCCUACUUAUUUAGAGCUCGACAUACGAUUCCUAGCACUUCACCAUGACCCUGACUUGUGGGGAGAUGAUGUUCAUCUUUUUAAACCGGAGAGAUUCGCCCAACGGAUCGCCAAAACUACCAACUACAACACGGCUGCAUUUGUUCCUUUCGGAUUCGGACCUCGAUCCUGUGUUGGAAUGAGCUUCGCAAUGACCGGAAUAAAGAUUGUUCUCUCCAUGAUUCUGCAACGCUAUAGUUUCACCCUCUCCCCUGCCUUUGUCCACUCACCAUUACCGAGUCUUGUACUCAAGCCACAACAUGGGAUUCCCUUGUUGUUUCGUUCCCUACGUACUGAUGCUUAAAAUUCUCGGCUGUUAAUCUCCAGAAAUG